CGGCGGGCGGGCGCGGGGGUAGCUGGGCCGCGUCCUGCCUGGCGCCCGAGCUGGACUUGAGCCGACGGAAACGCCGCCGGGACAGGCUUCAGCUCCUGCCUCUGUUGGUGCCGCGCUGCCACCGCCUCCAGGAAAGAAAAAAGAUCCUAGUCGGUGAGGAAAAUGGAUUGGAAAAGAGAAAGCAGUGGGAGAGUGCGUAGGAAAGCGUUGCAGAAGCCCAGGAAGGUCACCUUCUAAGAAUCAGGCGUCGGUGGAAGAAGCUCAAGAGACCGUGAGGCCUGAGUGGUGAACGUCAUCAUCAUGUCCACAGGAGUCCUGGAAGAUGCCUGGAGGGAGAGAGGUGGAGAGAAAGAUGUGGGCCCGGAAUCUCGGUGAGGAAGGAGCUCGCAGAAGCCAGCACCAUGGAGACGAGGCCCCAGGGGGGCAGGAAAGGGCCCCCGCCCAGGGACGUGCCCCCGGUGGUGGGACUGCUGCUGUCCAUGGCCCUCAUGAACGCCCUCCUCUACCUCUGCCUCGACUGGCUCUUCAUCUCGCCCCGGCGCUCCACGGAGGACCCCACGCGCUGUCCCUACGGCCACUUCCGGAUGGGGCCGACGAGCAACUGCUCCCCGUGGCUGUCCUGCGAGCAGCUGAGGACAGAAGUGAGGCAGAUGAAGCGUGUCGGGGAAGGAGCCGUGAAGAGAGUGUUUCUGUCCGAGUGGAAGGAACGCAAGGUGGCUUUGUCGCGGCUCACCAGGCUGGAGGUAAGAGACGACUUCCUGCACGGACUGCGGAUGCUGAAGUCGUUGCAGAGUGAGCACGUCGUCACGCUGCUGGGCUACUGUGAGGAUGACAACAGUAUCCUCACCGAGUACCACCCCUUAGGCUCCCUGAGCAGCCUGGAGGCGACGCUGAACCUCUCCAAGUACCGGAGCACGAACACAUGGCAGCACAGGCUGCAGCUGGCCCUGGGCUACGUGGCCAUCAUCGACUUCCUGCACCGUAGCCCCCUGGGCACGCUGGUCAUGUGCGACUCCAGCGACCUGCCCAAGACGCUGUCCCAGUACCUGCUGACCGCCAACUUCAGCAUCGUGCUCAACGACCUGGACGCCCUGCCCCUGGUGAACCGCAGCACCGGGGCCCUGGUGAAGUGCGGCCACCGGGAGCUUCGCGGGGACUUCGUGGCCCCAGAGCAGCUGUGGCCCUACGGAGAGGACGUGCCUUUUCACGACGACCUCAUGCCCGCGUAUGACGAGAAGAUCGACAUCUGGAAGAUUCCAGACGUCUCCAGUUUCCUUCUGGGGCACGUAGAAGGGAGCGACAUGGUCCGAUUCCACUUGUUUGAUAUUCACAAGGCGUGUAAGAGCCAGACGCCUGCAGAGAGACCCACCGCUCAGGACGUCCUGGACACUUACCAGAAGGUUUUGAAUCUACUCAGAGACACCGUGACAUCUCAGACAAGAGAGAUGCUGUAAAAACCAGUGCAGUCGGUGAGGUAUGGGAGUCAAGGAUCGGAUGGAAGAGUUACAGUGGUUCCGCUCUGAUGGUGAGGUUUUUGCUGCUUUGACCCGUGGUUCUUCCAUCCGCGUGCACAAGUGAGCGGCUCCCUAUCCUGGCCGCCUGGCAGGAGUUACUAAGCCAGAGCAAACCGGGCUUGAUGGGAGCCUGGCUUCAGGCGAAGGUGCAAAGAAGCAGCGAGUGUGGCCAGUAUCUGAAGGGAGUAACAAAAAUGGAGCUACAAAGAGGCUUCCCUAACACCUAAAUCUGUAAGCUUGUAAGAAAUGUGUGUAGAGAGGUUUUUAAAUUGCAGUGUACGGAAGAAACAAGCAGUAGUACUCGCUUUUUUAGGUGAGUAUUGCGGUGUAUUUCACUGGUACUGAUGGGGCAUCUCUACCAUUUCAAAUGAUUGCUCUGUGAAGCUCCCGUGCCAUUCCCUUCCCAGCAAGCUUGCACGCUCUUUGAAAUUUUGAAUGGAUAAGGAACAUUUAAAAUAUCAAGUAUGAUGGAGAUUAUGUUACUGCCUUGGAUGGUGCUUGUGAAAUUCCCACUUACCUUCCAGCUGGAUUUUCUGUGUCCAAAAUUAAUUAUUGUGAACACUUUAUAUCAACAGUAUCUGUCACUCAUUACUGGAAGGUGUCAAGCCCUUCCACUUGAGUUGCAUGAUUGAAUCCUUCAAAUAGCUCUUUCCUUGGUCACUGUCAUCCUUGUUUGCAGGGGAUGAUGGAUUUGGUGCAUAGUCAUCAUCACCAGUAAGGGGGUUAAAGCUGACUGAGGGGCAAAGAUGCUGUGCAGCCGACUGCCUGCCCCUGGCUUGCACAGGCCUCACAGUCACUGGAGUCACAGGGAGCUGGGCCCUGACCCACAGGCUCUGACUCAGUCUGUCUGGGUGGAGUCCGAGAGUUUGCAUUUCUCACUGGUUUCCAGGUGAUUCUGGUGCUGCCAGUCUGGGGACCACAUUUCGAGAACCACUGUGCUUAACUGUCAGGGAGGGCAACCCAGGCAGUGGGAUAGGGAGUAUUGUCAGUAUUAUCCCUAUUCUACUGCCUGUGGUUGAUCGGGUCCUGUGGGUCCUAUGGUUCGUCAGAGAAUACGCUUGCCCAGAGUAUAUUAACUGCUACUUUCUGUUAUAAAAAUGCUGCCAGAACCCACUAGGACGGCUGUAAUCAGAAGGAUGGACAAUAACAAGUGUUGGUGAGGAUGUAGAGAACUGGAGCCAUCAUACACUGCUGGUGGGAAUGUCAAGUGUUCCAGCUGCUUUGGAAAACAGUCUGGCAGUUCCUCAAAAAGUUAAAAUAGAGUUACCAUGACCCAGCAGUUCCCCUCCCCAGUAUUUACCUGAGAGAAUUGAAAACAUGGCCAUGAAAGAACUUGUACAUGAAUGUUCAUAGCAGCAUUACUCGUGAGAGACAAAAGAUGAAAAUAACCCAAAUGUCCAUCCACUGGUGAAUAGAUAAAGAAAACAAAGAAAAUGUGGUCCAUCCAUUCCAUGAGGUGUUGUUCAGCCAUAAAAAGGAAAAUAAGUACUGAUACACGCUCCGACAUGGAUGAAUAUGCUAAGUGAAAGAAGCUGUCACAAAAGACCACAUUUGUAUGAUUUCAUUUAUAUGAAAUGUCCAGAAUCGAGAAACCCAUAGACAUAGAAAGUAAAUUAGUAGUUUCUAGAGGCUGGCAGGGGCUUGGGGUUGAAGAAUGGGGAGUGCUUGCUUGUGGGUACAGGGUUUCUUUGGGGGUGAUGAAAAUGUCCAGAAAUUAUGCAGUGGUGAUGGUUGCACAACUCUGAAUAUACUAGGUAACACUGAAUUGUACAAAAAAGGAGAAUUCUAUGGUAUGUGAAUUAUAUCUCAAUAAAGCUGGAAACCACCCCCCACCUCUGCCACAAGACCAUGUACCUCUUAUGACCCUUUUCACUUGAUGUAGUAGUUACUGUGUGGAGUUGCUGAUUUGAAAUUACCCUAUUCAUGUUGUAAUUCUGGUUUGAGGGUUUUCUCGGUUUGGUGACUUUGCAUUGGGAGCAAAACAUUGUUUCAAAUGAAUUUGUUUUUAAAUAUUGAUGAUAGAGCUAAAAUGAACAGCAUGGUGUAAGGGAGGGGACGCUGUCAGGAUCAGAAGACCUGAGUUAUCGUCCCAGCUCUGCCUCUGACUCAUGUGUGGCCUCAGACAAACCCAUUUCUAAAUGAGAGAGUUGGUGAGAGGCAUUUCCAACUUCUGCUCUGCCUCUGAGUUCUCCCUGAUGCUUUAUCAUGCCAGUGCCAGACACCAAACUGGCCCUGGCCCUUCAGGUUCAAUCUUCAGUACCAACAGAACUGCAAAAUCAUAAGAGGAACUUACAUGCUCACUAAAACCUGGGUGAGUUCAUUGCCCACAUAUUCAGCAAAAGUAUAAUCAGGAGAAGAGGCAGAUGAGGUGAGCCAUUCUCAAAGCACAGCCCAGGAUUUAGUGGUCUCUCUACUAACCUUAUUCCAAGUUUUUUUUUUUUUUUU